AUGCGCGACGAGAUGCGCCUUUCAUACAUUCCGGCCAUGCUGAUGGCCACCAGCUUGCUACUCAUGGCUGCUUCAUCUCCUGCUCCGAGCAACAGCACCGACCUUGCGCCGCUGCUGGCUUUCAAAUCCCAGCUCUCCGACCCUUCGGCUACCAUUGCCAAUAACUGGACAACUUAUGCGUCCUUCUGCAGCUGGACCGGUGUGUCGUGCAGCCGCCGUCACCACCAGCGUGUCACUGCUUUGGAGCUGCCGGACAUUCCGCUUCAUGGAGAGCUCAGCCCUCACCUCGGUUUGCUGAAGGAAGAGGACAGGGUGAAGCUCCAGGCAGGUGUGAAGAGAUUGGCACAUGCUGCUGCGGCGCUGACGGACAGAUCCUUCCCUCGAGACAGGCUGCUCUUGAGAGACAGAGAUGGUUUGCAGAUUGGCUAG